CAAAUUAUUUGUCAGUUGCACAUAAAACAGCUGACAGAUGUUUUGUAAAUAAAAUUUUACAUUUAAAGAAUGGUUGUAACUUAAACACAUUUGUUGAUUCCUGUCCACCUUUUAAAAUGACUAGUGCCGUCCAACAGCAAAUUUUCGCGUUGGAUGCUCGCUUUAAUGCACAUAGAGCCCCGCAAAGUCCAAGUUUUCGUACAUUAUAUAUACGAAGACGAAGUCAGCUAUUAAGAGAAUCUGGAUUAUCACCAGAUGACUGUAAGCAGUAUUUGAAAUUACGUACAUUUCUUUUGCAACAGAGAUAUGGAAAUCCACCUUCUUCCAAUGCUUCUGACACUCUUAGUAGAGCAAGUAUUCAAUUUCCACAAUCAAGGUCAAACGGAAGUGUAGUUCCAACUAAAGAAGCUGAAGCUUCUAGAGCAAUGGUUGGUGGUAACUCAAUUGCAGACAAUUAUGCCUUUGUAGGUGUUCAUCAUAUAUUUGAUCAGCACACUCAACCUGUAACAAUGAUUAAAUUUGCUAAUAAUGACAAGUCAAGAUUGUGUUGCUGUUCUAUAGAUGGAAAUUUGUCCAUUUGUGAUGUUACUAGUGAGCCUCCAACAGUUUCUGCAAUUUUGAAAGGACACAGUAGACCAAUAACAGGAAUUGACUGGUCUGUUAAUAAUGACUUAAUUGUAAGUUCAUCUAUGGAUUCUACAAUUAGAGUGUGGAAUGUAAGUGAUUACACAUGUCUAAGAAUAAUAAAUGACCCAAAUAAAGCACAAAUACUUUGUUGCAUAUUUCAACCCAGUAAUAAUAACUUAUUAUUGACUGGAAACAGCAGAGGAGAGUUAAGAAUAGCAAAUGUAUCCACUGGAAGAUUCAUGAAAAAUGUGUGUAAAAUAGGAGGAAACCUCCUUUGUUUAACUUCAGAUAAUAAUGGCAAAAUAAUGUGGGCUGGAAAUGAUAAGGGUGAAAUUUAUUCUGUGUUUUGUGAGCUCAAUGGAGGCCUGUGCAAAACUAAAAAAGUAAUACUUGGAAGUCCAUGUUCUAUUACUAGUUUAAGUUACAGGGCUUGGAUAAGCAGGGAAGCUAGAAAUCCCAUGUUACUUGUUAAUGCAACAAAUAACAGUUUAUUACUGUUUAGUAUUACUGAUUCUGAAGGGGCACUUCAGAUAAAGAGACAAUUCCAAAACAGACAAUUGAGACAUAUGGUCAAAUCUACUUUUUGCCCAAUUAUGUCCUUUAGGCAGGGUGCAUGUGUUGUAACUGGAAGUGAAGACGGCAGCAUUUACUUUCUGGAUAUCGAAAAAACCGGAAGUAAAUCAGUGGUUAACACCCUCCAAGGUCACGCAGCUGCCGUUCUUGGCGUUAGCUUCAACUACGACGAAUCUCUUUUGGCCACUAGUGACUUACAAGGUCUUGUGAUAAUAUGGAAAAAAGGAAAUAUAUAAUUUAAAUCAAUAAAAGGUUUAUUAAUAAUAUAUUACAAUAGUUCAACUAUACUAAUACAAGAUAUAUUUAAUAACCAAUCACAUUAUUAGGUCCGAUACGGACAUAUAGCCACAACAUUUAUAGUGGACUCAAAAAGUAUUACCACCAUUUAAGUUUCAAACAGUUACCUUAUUUAAAAAUUAUAAUAUGAAAUAGUAAAAAGUGAAAAUUAAUGCAGUACCCUCUAUUAAAACUUAAUAAAAUCCGGCAAUAAAAAUCCUGGUAAUAUCUAUCUAUCUACAAAAAUGUGAGUUAUUAAUAUAAAAUACGCACAGUUACGGGUUAAUUCACCAGCCAACAAUAAAUUGGACGUUAAGUUUCAGUUUGUACAUUUUAAAUUUAGAACACUAACAUACAUUAAAAUUAAUAUGUUAACCUUAUAGUAAAUUAACAAUUUCAACCAAAUUAAUAAAAUACAUUUAACUAUAAAUUAAUUUCAAAAAUAAAUUCGCAUAAUUUGUUUCAAUUAAAAUAAUAUAUCACAAAAUUGAAGGGUAACACUGGUCGACAAAUUUUGCAACAGGGGAGCCAACAUUCGAAUAUAAUAUUUUAUAUACAAGGUGUCCCUAAACUUAGUGGCAUAAAUCUAGGAGCAGAUUAAGCAAGUCAAAAUAAGACGAAAAUC